AUUUUAAAUUGGCUUUCGAGGAAUUUAAUAAGUCUUGGGAAAGAAAAUUUCAAGAAAGUAGCAAGUCUUCCCAAGCUAAUGACUCACUUGGAAACUCUGCUGAUUUUGAUUCUGAAAUUGUUGAUAGAAAACAAGAUAAAGAAAUGACAGUUAUAGAAAAUGAAUUAGUGAACACUACUAAAAUUCUGAGUAGAGGUCAUGAACGAUCUCAAUCUGAUGGUGCAGAAAAGAUCUACGAUAUAAGGAACGCAAAAAUAUUGUCAAGAAACAAAAUUCACAUGGAAGAAGAAACUUCCAAUAAGCCAGAGAAGAAAGAAAGAGGUACGGUCAAAACUAUUAUUAGUCAGUUGUUAUCGAGCACUGCGAUCACACCAAUCCAGAGUCCAUUUCCGUUAACAGAGCAUCUUUUGUUAGUACAGUCUGAUAAGAUUCCAAUAAUUGUAUAUGAAGAAAAACCCAGUUCAAUUAUAGCCUAUACUUUAGCUUCUACAGAUUAUGAACAGCAACUACAAGAAUUAAAAAUUGGAUUGACAACAUUUAACGCAACCCAGAGAGAAAGUAGAAAUUCUAG